AUGUCGAAACCUACCGUCUUACUGAUCGGAGACCUGACGCACGCGAACACGGAAUGGAAAGCCUACGGUUCUAAAUACAACUUGAAGGAGUUCCGGAAAGGCACACGAGAACAGUUCCUUUCAAAAUGCAAGGCUGGGGAGUAUAACGACGUCGUUGCUCUGUACCGCUCAAACACGUCGACCUCGGAAACCGGCCCAUUCAACGAAGAGCUGGUUUCACUCUUACCCUCCUCCCUGAAGUUUAUAUGCCACAAUGGUGCUGGUUAUGACAAUAUCGAGGUGGACGCCUGUACCAAAAGAGGGAUCAAGGUAUCAAGCACACCCCUGGCUGUAGACAAUGCGACGGCCGAUGUUGGUAUUUUCCUGCUCCUGGGGGCGCUGAGACAGGUCUGGACGCCAUUAAAGGCCAUCAAGGAAGGAAGGUGGAAAGGUAAUGCACAGCUCGGUCAUGAUCCCAGGGGCAAGCUGUUGGGCAUCCUAGGAAUGGGCGGCAUUGGCAGAGCGAUGGCAGACCGAGCACGAGCGUUUGGCAUGACAAUCGCCUACCACAAUCGAUCUAGACUGCCCGCGGAACUCGAAGGCGACGCAACGUACCUCAGCUUCGACGAACUGCUCGCCCGGUCGGAUGUUCUUAGUUUGAACCUCUCUCUCAAUGCGAACACACGCCACAUCAUAUCGGCCAAAGAAUUCGCAAAGAUGAAAGACGGUGUUGUGAUUGUCAACACCGCACGAGGCGCGCUGAUCAACGAGAAGGAUCUGGUUGCGGCACUGGACAGUGGGAAGGUCUCAUCAGUCGGCCUCGAUGUGUUUGAAGACGAGCCCAAGAUCGAGCAAGGGCUCUUGACGAAUGACCGAGCGUUCAUCGUCCCUCACAUUGGCACGAUGACUUGGGAAACACAAAAGGAGAUGGAAUUGCUGGUGUUGCGCAAUCUGGAGAGCGCCGUCGAGACAGGAACGUUAUUAACACCCAUCCCUGAACAAAAAGACAAGCUGAAUGGCCACUUAUGA